AUGAAGCCACCAACAUUCCAGGAAGGUCUUGAGCCACUGAAGGCCGAAGCAUGGGUCCUAGAAACUGAAAAACUGUUUGAAGUAUUUCCAUGUACAGAGGAACAUAAGGUGUUAUCGGCUACUUUUACUUUACAAGAAGAGGCUAGGCGGUGGUGCAUGCUUAUUCGUGAUACAAACAAUGUUAUGACUUGGGCUCAGUUUAAAGAAGCUUUUUAUGAGAAGUAUUUCCCUCAGUGUGUCCGAGACCGCAAAGUGACUGAAUUUGAACAACUGAAACAUGGCACCAUGUUAGUAGCUGAAUAUGAAUCUAAGUUCACCAAGGUUGCCCGAUACGCACCACACAUGGUGGAUACCGACUAUAAAAAGGCUAGAAAGUUUGAAGGUGGGCUUAAUGUGGAAAUACUCGAUAGAAUUAAUGUCUUGAAAUUACUCAAGUAUGUGGAUGUCCUUGAUCAAACGAUCAUAGCUAAGGCAAAUGUUGCAGCAUUGAAACAGUCUAAGGCACCGGUGACUUAA